GAGAGAUUUAUGUUUCAGUUCAUACCCAAGAACAGAGGAGAGAGAGAGAGAGAGAGAGUAGAGAGAGAAGAUGAAUAUAUUCAGGUUAGCAGGGGACAUGACCCAUUUGGCAAGUGUUCUUGUUUUGCUCCUCAAGAUUCACACUAUCAAAUCUUGUGCUGGCAUUUCGUUGAAGACGCAAGAACUCUACGCGAUUGUUUUCGUCACACGAUACUUAGAUCUUGUCACGGAUUACAUCUCACUCUACAACACCCUAAUGAAAUUAAUUUUCUUGGGAAGUUCUUUCUCGAUAGUAUGGUAUAUAAGGCGACAUAAAAUCGUACGAAGAUCGUACGACAAAGAACACGACACGUUUCGCCACUAUUUCCUUAUCCUCCCUUGUUUGCUAUUAGCCCUACUCAUACACCACAAGUUUACUGUCAAAGAGGUAAUGUGGACAUUCUCGUUGUACUUAGAAGCUGUUGCUAUACUUCCUCAGCUAGUUUUGCUGCAGAAAACAAGAAAUAUCGACAAUUUGACUGGUCAAUAUGUUUUUCUCCUCGGUGGGUACCGAACAUUAUAUAUUUUGAACUGGAUUUAUCGCUACUUCACUGAACCACAUUUCGUGCACUGGAUAACUUGGAUUUCAGGGCUGGUUCAAACACUGCUUUAUGCCGAUUUCUUCUAUUACUACUUCCAAAGCUGGAAGAACAAUGUGAAGCUAGAAUUACCUGCUUGAGUAGUUUGUGUUCCACAAUAUCCAACGGCCGACGAAUUAUUGACAAAAUACAUACAAACUCUCUUUAGACACUACACAGUUCCGAAUUUCAGUUUCGCUCGAUUUUUUUUUUUAGCUGUCCUGUGGGUUUGAAAAGAAGUUUAAUUGUAUUUCAAACUUACUCGUACGAUUUUCCCAUCUAGCGCACCGUUUUGUAGCUUAAAGAGCAUUUAAUUUGUAUCUAUAGUCACAUUUGGUUGCGGUUAUAAUUAGCAUCUGAUGUUGAUUCGAAUUUUUCGGGUUCAUGUACCGUAAACCAUUUUAUAAAGCUGUAUAUAUAUUUUUUUUAGUAUG